AUGGUUAUCGACACAAAAUCCGAGGAUAGUAAUAUAUCCAAAAAAUAUAUAUAUGAAGAAGAUGUAGAAAAUAUAAAAAAUGAUAAUUCCACAACAAAUGAUAAAAUAAAUGAUGAAGAAAAUAUUGUAGACAUGAAAAAAGAAACGAAUGAAAAUAUUUCACAUUUAAAUUAUAAUGAAGAAUGUCCUAGUACCAUAAUAGAAAAAGGACAUGAUGUAAUAACUCAUAAUGUACUUGAAGAAAAACAUGAUCAAGCUAAUACAAAUAUUAUUCUUCCUAUUGAUAAAGAAUGUAAUCAUUCAAAUAAAGAUAUAUAUCUCACCAGAAAUGAAACCAGUAUUCAUAAUAUAUCUGAAAAUAGUUAUCAACAUGUUAAAGAUCAUAUUUCUAAUUUCAACAUGGAAGAAGUAGAAAGUAGUGCUCAAGACGAAACCAAUGAAGCCAAAUCUGAUGAUAGCAAAAUGAAAAUAAAAAUUCAAAAUUUAUUAAAACUAAUAGGUCUACUCAAGGCUCAAAUAAAUCAAAAAGACCAGGAAAUAUAUAAAAUGGAGGUUGAUUUUAAAUUAAGAAAUGAAGAGAAUGAGAAGAAAAUAUUUAAGCUAGAAGAAAUAAUAGAAGAGAACGAGAGCAAUACUGAGAGAACCGAAGGGGAUAAUUUUAUGAUGAGCAAGAUGAAAAGUAUAUUGAUAUCACAAAAUGAAGAGAUAGCUUCAUUAAAUGAGGAGUUGAAGAAAAAAUCAAAAGAGAUUUUUUAUUUAAAUGAGGAGAAUAUGACAAAGGAUGAGAAAUUAGUUGAGUUAAAAAAAGAAAUAGAAUCAAAUUAUAUGCAUUUAAGAGAAUAUAAAAAUUUUCAAAAUGAAUUAGAGGUGGAUGUAAAUAAUAAAAUAUAUAGUGCUGAGAAUUAUGUGAAUAGGACAAACCAGAGGUUGAUAGAGAAUAACAUUGAUAUAAAAGAGAAAAAAUUGAAUAUAGAGAAACAGAAAAGAAUAAUAAAAGAAUUAUAUAAUGAAUUAAAUAAGAAAGAAGAAAAAAUAUCAGAAUUAAGAAGUAUAAUAGAAAGUAUAGAAUUAAAUAAUAGUCGAGAUAUAAUUAAAUAUAAACAAAAUAAUAUGGAUUUAAUAAAUCGUUUAAGCUUAAAUAAUUCUUUAAUGAAUAGCCAAAAAAUAGAAAUAGAAAAUAUGCAUAUGAAUUAUAAACAGUUAGAAGAAGAAUUAAAAAAUAAAGAUAAUGAAUUAAAAAAAUUACAUCAAAAUUUAUUAUCCAAAGAUGAAGAAAAUAAUAAAAUGGUUCAUGAUAUAAAUAGAUUAAAAUUUGACAUGGAAGUAAGAAAUAUAGAUAUUGAUAAUGUCAAAAAAAAAAUUAAAAAUGUUAAAAAAGAAUAUGCGAUUAAUUUAAAAAAACAAAAAGAAAGAUAUACUAAUGUAAUCAAUGAAAUAUAUAAAGAAAAAGAUGAAAUUAUUAAAAACCAUGUUGAUGAACUAGCCAAACUUUCAAAUCAUUAUAACGAAGUUGUCCUUGUCAAUGAAAAUAUAAAAAAUGAGAUGAACUUUUUGAAUGAUGAGAUUCUUAAAAAGUCGUGUGAAAUCGAAAAGCUGCAAGACAGACUAUUAGACUACGAAUCAAAAUUGUUGAUAUACGAAAAUAAUAAUGAAAUAAAAAUUUUAAAAAAAAAUGAAGACCAUUUAAGAAAAUUAUUAAGUAAACAUAUUCAUAGAAAUGAACAACUUUUAAAUACUACUUUCUUACUACAAAAGUCUACCUUAGAAAAUAAUUCAUUAGAAAAAAAAAUUAUAGAAUUAAGAGCAAAAAGUUAUAGAAAAGAUCAAGAAAUAAAAAAAUUACAAGAAACAAAAUCAAUAAGGAAAUCUCCAAGUAGUAAUUGUAGUCAUAAUAGUCAUGAAUAUUCAAUAGAUGUAAGUGAUGAUAUGAAUGAAGAUAAUUAUAAUUUAAAAUAUUAUCAUAAUAAUAGUAUAGGUGAUCAUGAAAAUUCAGUUUAUACUUCGAAAAAAUCUUAUGAUAAAAAUAAUACCAUAGGAUCUUUAGCAGAUAGUGAAAAAAGAAGCCUUAAAAUAAAAAAUACAAUCCCUCAGUCACAUAAUAAUGAAGAUCCAGUUCAUCUUGCUUUAUGUGAAUAUAUAAACUGUUUUAAAAAAAAUAACCUUUCUAUUAAUAUUAAUAAACUAGAUGAUAAUACAUAUUUACUAAAUGACAAAAAAGUUGUCAUCAGUUUUAUAAAUGGUGACCUAUAUGUAGAAGAUGACGCAUGUCCUAUUAAACUUCAAGACUAUUUAUUAAAAACAACAGUUAGAUAA